AUGGAAGACCCCGAGGACUUCACAACACCUCCUGGCAGUGCUGAAAGGUUUCCCAUGUUCAUAGACAUACUCAGCCAGAAACCAAGCUGGAAAGAUGCUACCAUGCAGGGCCUCAUUCAGAGGCUUAGGGACAAUAUGGCUCAUGUCAAGAAAGAUAUGGCACCCUACUUUGCCGACAAUCUUGCAUUGCGUGUCAUAAAGUACCUUGAAGGAAUGACCCCAAGCAUCGCCGCAGACAUCAAGAAAUGCCUUGUUUAUCAAGCCGUGUCAGGUCGCCUUCCUUCAUCAAAGCUAAUCACGUACCUCGAAUGGUUCUUCCUGGCCAGUGUCUAUGGGCCUGAUCACACUCAACUCCGCCAGCCUCGCGCCCUGGGCAAAUUUUGCUGUGAAACACAUGCUGUUGCGGCUUCAAAUCCACAGGGCGAGAACGGGUCUGGACGUCGCGUAUCAGCAACAGUCAAUUCUGAAGGGAUUUCAAAGAGUACUCCCAAUGUAGCUACUGUUAUUCAACACCCAGAGAUCAACCCCAGCAGUGGAGAUGCGAUGAUAGCCGAGACCCUUGAUACCAAAGGGCUCCUUGACAAGCUGGAGGCACUGCCCGAUAGCCCUGCGGUGCCGGACCGCCUCGUGGCAGUCGAAGAGAAGGUUGAAGCCCUUCUCGGCCACAACGGAGAUUAUUCGAAGCUUAGGGCUACAGAAGAAGCUUUAUCCAGGACACAGAAGGACGUCGAAGCCCUGCAAAGCGAGAUCAAGAAGUUUGUUGCGACCAUCGACUCGCAAUCCCAGAAGAUCCAGGAUCUUGAAAAAGAGAACAAAGCUAUCCACGCAAGCUUCCGAGACUUUGAAGCCGAGGUUAAUGACUACAUCAGCAUCAACAACAAAUUAGCAGCUGUAAUCGACUCACUCGACAGCGGGAUCAAAGAUACCGAGACAAACAUUCGAAGCGAGGUCCACACGAAGAUUGGCGAGGUUGAGAAAGGUUGGGGGGAGACCAUCAACACCCUUAGGACCCAAAUGGAAAAGCAGAAAGUUGGGCUAAGUGCGCAACUCACGCAGACUAAUGAGCUUGGGCGGGUCGUGGACCACGUCGUAUCGAAAGUGGCUUCCCUGUUCAAGCGAAAGAGCGACGAGGAUCCCUGGGUCAGAAACGAAAACAAGAGGCAGCGUACUUGA